AUUGGGCUUGAGGGUUUUUAAAUAAUCGAUACUACAUAAUAUAACCCAGUUUUUCCCAAGUAUUUCCAGUUUAUAUCCUGCUAAAUCGGCAAAUAUACAACAGCUUUUGCUAAAAACCCCUCGUUAUUUUUGGAAUUCCCUUACUUUAUAUAUUAAGGAAAAGACUGAAAGCCAUAUCUAAGAACCAACAAUAUCAUCUGAAAAACUUGCUAUUAUUGCCCAUAAAAACUUAAGCUGGCGCCCUUAGACUCCAAAAAAGCAAUGUCGAACUUGUCUAUUCGAAGUUCGGAUAAUAUAUCGAUGGAAUCCGACAACGAAUCUAGCAUUCCUGGGGACGAUCUGCCGGAAGACAUCUUGGAAGCUGCCGAGAUAGCCGGAAACGACGACGAUGUGCCUUGCAGCCCACCGCCUCCCUACGACUAUGUCUUAGAGGAGCAGUGUACUGACUACCCCUACUGUGAAGAUGAGGAGAAUGUAGCAUCCACGCCUACAAAUGGACCAGUGAUAGUGCACACCUCGAGCAAAGAGUUUUACAAGGCUGUGGCAAAACAGUUCGGUCUAACUUGUAAAAUGUCUGACGACUGCAGAUGUUGCGAGUGCCAGAGUCGUUACUUUGACUAUUCAGAAAGAACCGAACACGAAAAAUCUGAUGGUGGACUAGGUGCUGGUACGCCAAUGUUUAUCAACGAAGCUAUGCAAGGAAGUGUUUGCAACAUUCUGUAAGGAACGAAAAAUAAGUCAAAAGGUGAUUGGAGCAUACGCUUCAGAAGUCAAAGCAGAAAAAAGAUUAUUUUUGGAGGAGUAUGUCUAAUUAUUUUCUUCACCAGGGCGAAUGGAAUCGAAUAUUUACCUUUUUAUACACAAUUUCUUUGGUUAAUACAAAUGAUUGAUAUUUCUAUCGAAAAUAAAUAACAGUUUUUUAAUUUCAUUUUUAAAAUUGAUCAAUUACAAUUGUAUAUUCAAUUGGAAGUUUCAUUUUAAAAAUUUCAUUUAUAAAAGUGUCAAAUCUGAAGCUCCUGUAUAGCCAAAAAUUAUAAUUUAUUGAAUAAAAGAGUGAAAAAAUAAAAACUGUUAAUUCAUUUUCGAUUCGAAAUGAAUUUUCAUCAAGUGAAGAUCGGGUCAAUCAAAUACUUUGUUUCUUUUAGUUGCAGGAAUGUUUCAUUCUCUCUGGUUCUCUAUGAGAAAUUUGGUAAAAAAAUAUUGUUGUUAUUCAAUAUAAGUAUAAAUUAUAUCUCUUAGCGUGAUUUCAGAGUUGAGGGACAUUAUUUUUUUACCGAUUUUUCUUUGAUUUUAAAUGUACCAUACACGUAGAUCAAAUUAACAGGAAUGUCAACAACUAUGAAGCGGAAUUUUACACUAAGAAAUUUUUUUUUGUCUAGAUACAUAUAGUCCGUUCAGUAAUUAUUUACAUCCCGGAAGGCUGUGGAAAUUCGAAAUUAAUGGUAAUGGUUCAUUCGAUAACAUCUUCAUUUGCAGAAUUCGGGUUUGUAUCGUGAAUUAUUUUCCACAGCUGCUUGGGAUGUCAAUAUUUCCUGAACGGACUAUAAACAUUCAUUUCAUAUUUUUUUCUUCGAUAUUUAUGUGAAAGACCAAAAAAUCAUAUUUCAUUAUUCUAAUAAUUUGGCAUUCUUAUGGUUACUUCGAUUUGGUUAUAUUCAACGUGUAUAAUGGCAGAACUGUCUACUAUAUAGCUUUAAAAGUAUGAAAUCUAAUAUACUUAUCACUGUCUAUGUGUCUAAAAAAAAGAAUAAAUCGUAUUUUAAAGUAUCCCAAUAUGAUGGGAACCACUAUUAAUAGUUUUAGACUUUUAUUUUUGUUCAUGUGUUAUCGAGAUAUGUUGACUUCAAUUCUUAUUUUUGUGUAGAUAUGCACAUUGUUUGUGAAAGCACACAAUAUUUUUGGUAGUUCUCGUAUUUUGUAAGCGUUAUGUUUGUAUUUUUGUUAUGUCAGUCAGCAAUCUGUAAAAUCCAAGAAAAACGAAUUUUGAGCUGAAAUUUACCUCAAUAGGGUAACAAGUGUGUGAAGCUAAUCGAAUUUCAAUGAAAAAAAAAAUAAACAUCACUGAAAAACUAAUCAUCAUUCUGGAUUACAGUUGUACUGUGACUCAUUGUUUCACUAUUAUUUUGUUACUGUUUUUGAGUGUUCAUUAGUUUUUUAAGGAAACUGUAUACUUCGAAUUUUAAUUAUUAUUUGAGUGGACUUCAUGAUGCCUUCAAACUCAUUUACAAGUUAUUUUAUAAAUAUUUUAGAAAAUGAAUGUAUAGGUGGAUCAAAUAGUUUGUUGUUUAUUCUUUCUUAUUCGAUCCCUUUCUUUCAUUUUCCUUAUUUACGACUAUGGUGAUGAGGUUUAGGACAAUGAUAUUCUCAACAUUCAGAAUGAUUUAUUCAGUUCAUAUAUUACAUUCAUAAAAUCAGAUUAUCAACUGGUAUAAGAAUCUUUCGAAAUCCAACAUAAAUAUUUCAUGUUUCCAUAGACGUAGGUACAGGGUGUUUCACGUAAGCGGGUCACUGGAUUUUGUGGCUUAUCCUUUGAGCAAUAUUGAAAAGUGACCUAUUCAAAUGAAGAAACCAUUGGUGAGGAUUUGUCUAUAGACCUUCUCAUUUUGAAAACCAGUAAAAUUUGCAAA